GUCGCGGGCGUCUGCUUAUAUCUAAUAGUAUAAAAUCAUUGAUCCUAAACUAAUUAGAGAAACCAAAGACAAACUGUUAAAAUGUAGAGUAACUGUCAAAUAUACCUAAUAAAUAAUUGUUCCGGCCAUUAGCAUUCAGACAAUGGUAGCAAUGUUGUCUAUCUUAUGAUUACUAGAAUAAUUAUAACAGGCGUUCAUUAUAAGGAACAUUUCUUGUAUGUAAUAAGUCUCGAAUCUGUCAUCGUACGAGUAACACAACAGGCAAGAUGGAAGUUUUAUUCGCUCCAAUGUAUGCCUAAACAUACAAUAAUUUACACUAUGACAAUAUUGCAAAGCUAUAAAAUGUUCGUACCAUUAUGUAUGUACUAAGAAUGCCUCUAUCUUCUAAGUAAACAGAAAAGUACGUGUAGGUUGGCCUUAAGUAUAAAUCUAUUAAUGCAAAUCGUAUCACCAUAUCCUCUCAGGAACAUUGUAGCAACAGAUAACGGAGCUUUAACGGUGCGCAAACACAAGCUAAUCAAUCAUAGUUGAUCCCACAGACCACCUAUUUAUCGUCAAAAUUAAUCUUAAUAAUUUACUUUUAGAUAUAAACAUGGUUUGGUCAACCAGUAUGGUCUGAAUUGGUUUCUACUUUUAUGAAAAUGGAGUUAUAGCUAUUAUUUUUAAAAGAAGAGAAGGGACGAAUAUAGCUCAAAUUUUUGGGUUGGCAGAAUCUCUAGUUACUAUAGGACGGACGGAAAGACCUGACGUUUCAAAAGAGCUUGUAAAGAAAUGAAUUUUGGACCAGGACAAGCUACCUUUGUUUUACUUAUAAUCACUAAUCAACAGAAAACAUCAUAAAGAAGGAGCUACUACCUACAAAAGAUGAAUAUGGAAAUAUGGCAUAGUUGUUUACAGUCUUAACAAUAAUUUACCUAUCUUAUUUCUAAUUUACAACUUGUCUUGUAAUAUUGAUAAAAUGGUGUUUGCUUUAGCUUUGAUAACGUCAAUAUAAAUGGAAAAUGCCAAUUCACGUGACGUCAUAUAAUUGUACACACCUUCAGUGCUCAAACUCUGAACUUACUUUCUGCAGAAGAAGGUAGGUUAAUUCUUUUGCAGUUUUUCACCGAAGUUUAUUGAAAUAGAAUUAACGAAUUCUAAAUGUUGUAUUAAUACGAGACGUGAUAGCCUAGUGGAUAUAACGUCCUGAAUUGAAAUUGAAAAUUGAAAUCCUGUCAAGGGCAUCAAACAGUGAAGGAAAAACAUCGUGAAGAAACCUGAAUACAUAAGAAUUUUCUUAAUAAUUCGCGUUGGGCCCGCAGGGUGGACUAAGGCCUAACACCUUUAAUUCUGAGAGCUCGAGCCUAACCAACUCAAACAAGCCGAAUAUGGGUUGUUAAUGAUGAUGAAGAUGAUGAUGAUGAAUUUUGUAUUUCUUAUCUCAUGAAUACAAAAUCAAGUGCAAAGUAUAAACAAUUAACAACCGAUAUUAGUAGUAGAAAUAUUGUAUGAACCACCAACAACAAGGCUGAAGUGAUAAAGAUUUUUGAAAUAAAAGAACAGUUAUAGAUACUGUAUAUUAUUAACUUGGUAUUUAAGCUUGUUUAAUUACCAAAUCUGUUAGUGACUUAAUUGACGAUGAAGUUAGUCAAUCAUAGAAGAAAUGAAUAAUUUAAUAAAUCAAGGAGAUAUCAGAAACGUAAUUUGGCAAGACGCCAUUAAGUUAAAAGUCACGUUAUGUAUAGGUAGUUAACAAUAUUUUGAUUAAAAAGGUUAUCUACCCAACAAAUGAAUGCUUUCUAUGUACCUACCUAAUAAUGUUUCCUCCUAUCAAUAAAAUAUCAAAUCAAUGAUGCAAAAUAUCAAUGAAUAUAAAUUGUAUUUGAGUAACAGUAAGUCCUACGAGUAUAAAAUCAUUAAAAAGAUAUAUAUAUAGUAUAGAGUCAUUAAAAAGGCUGAUAAUAAUGGUACUGCCACAUUACUGUUAUAAAAUCUUUUAAAUCAUUAUAUCUAUCUUAUACUGAUGUACCUGAAGAAAAAUGUCUUCGAACAGUGCGUGUUGCCAGUGAUGAUGGUUCUGAGACUUGGUCGCUAACUAGAGGCCUCAUAAGAAGAGCUCAGAGUCGUGAUGUUUGGAAGUCCCUAUAAAAGGCUGAUAUGAUGAUGAUGAUUAUUAUUACUAGUCUAUUUAACUGACUACUAUAGAACCUUGACUCCAUAAAGCAGUGAGAGCCAAACAUGUCGCUCUAAUAUCGCUCUUUUUUUAUAAAUAGUACUUAGGAUUGAAAGUUUGGUAACUUUAGUUACGUUUUAUUUCUUUAUUGAUUAACAAAAUUUGUUUACUCUAGAUUAUUAGUUUCAGUGUGGCAGCACCUUGGCAGUUGAGGUAACAGACAUGCAAACAACACACCCUCAUGCAUUAAGAGGAGCUGAGUUCAUUACUGUUAUAAUAUUCGCGUAAUACGCUAUCACAAAUAAAUGGUGUUUGAACAAUUACAAUGCGUUGCAUUACAUUAUGUUGAUAGACAUUCAUAAAUAGUUUCACUUGACUGGUAAAUACAUAAGAGAUUGGUCUAAAAAGUUGCUACUAGAUUUCAGUUUGAGUUUAAGUUAUCACAAUGGGGAAGCUGCAUCAAGCUCACACAAGCAUAUCAUGUGCACUAGGGCUCACGCUAACCGGCUUAUUAUACGUGUGGCCUUCUUACACAUUACAUUUGUAUACAAACGAAGAUACAACUCUUCUAGCUACGCCAAUGACUGAGGUAGAAAGCUCCCUGGUGGGCAGUCUACCUUCAUUGGGGGCUAUGUUUGGCACUGCUAUCGUGGGUUGGGUCAUGAGCGUUUUUGGAAGACAAAAAAGUGGACUUGUUUUAACUGCACCGCUUUUGAUAUCUUGGAUAAUGAUAGAUUUUACAAAAUCGUCUACAGUAAUAUUAAUAGCCAGGUCCAUAGCCGGAGCUUCUGGCUGUGCAUUUUUGGUGUAUACACCUAUUUAUAUAUCAGAAGUUGCCGAAGAAUCUAUACGCGGAGCUUUGGCUUCAGCCCCAGUUGUAUGUUAUUGUAUUGGUGUUCUCUUGUCUUACAUAAUUGGUUGGUUUUAUACAUACCGAUAUAUCAUAUGGAUUAAUAUUGCGUUCUGUGUCCUGUACAUGGGUCUUAUGCUGACUGUUAAGGAGAGUCCCAUAUUUUUGAUGAGACAAAAGAAAGAAGAGGAAGCACGAUUAUCUAUAGCUUAUUACAGAAGUGCCUCUGUCACUUCUAAACUUGUUCUCGAUGAGUUUUCAAGAUUAAAGCAACAAAUAACGCCUGCUGUUGAAUUAAGAGCAGUUCGUACUGGCUCACAAAAAGAAAAUGCUGAAACAGAAAAAUUAAACAAAACGAUUGAAGAAACAGAACCACAAGAAAAGAUGUCAUCAUUAAAAAUGUUGUUUGUAUCUCCGACGUCUCGCAGAGCAUUACUUGUGGUUGGACUGUGUUUAUCUAAUCAGGUGAUGAUGGGUAUCGUGCCUGUCCAGGUUUAUGCCAAAGACAUAUUUAAACAAGCAGCACCGGGUUUAUCUUCACACUUUUGCUCAGUUAUGUUUGCUUUAGUCCAACUAGCUGGAAGUAUGAUGAGUGCUUUAUUCUCUGAUAAAUUUGGAAGAAAGAUACUUCUAUCAUCUUCCUCAGCCGCCGUACUUUUAUGUCUCAUUGGAUUGGGAGUAUUGCUUCAAACUAGUAUAGGCCCACCAUGGGUCACUGCUGUAAUAAUUCUUUGCUACUGCUUCACGUUUAUGUUCGGCGCUGGCAGUGUUCCGUACGUCCUGCUUGCUGAGUGCUUCAUGCCGGAGGUACAAAGCUUCGCCUCUAUGAUGCUAAUGGAAUGGGUUCUCAACUUCUUCAUCGUUGGAAUCUUUCCAUUCAUGAUCAAAUUUUUCGGUAUACAUGGCACAUUUUACGUAUUUGCCUGUUUUGCCAUAUUCAACACAUUUGUUGGGAUGUGUAUCUUACCUGAAACUAAGGGUCUGACAAAUGAACAGAUACAAGAAACAUUUUUAAAAGGUCGAAAAAAGUGAAAAGUAUAUAUCAAUUAGUGUGCUAUAUAAGUGAUAGAUUAAUGUUAUAAAUUCGAAAAAAUAAAAAUAAGAAUUGUUACGUGGAAGUUUUUAUUAACAUCAUAUUCAUAAUGUCUGUUAAGUAUACUCACAAUCACAGAGCUAGAUAAAGUUAGCGCUGAUAAAUUAAAAACACAUUUUGUCAUUUAUUAACGUAGAUCAUAAAUAUAAUGAUGCCCAAUUAUAUUUUCAUUUGUAAUAAGAAAGUAUUUUUUUAAUGUAACGCCGUUACAAUACUCGUUAUAAUAUUAUGCUACCAGCCACUAUUUUGUUAUAAAUAACAGAUGUAGCAGAGCCUUAAGUAAAUCAAUGAAUGCACAUCAAUACACUAAUAUCCUCUUGUGAACAUUGUAGCAACAGAUAACAGUGCCUCAGUAUUAGCUAAAACCGCGAACAUAAACUAUUCAGUCAAAGUUGAUCCCACAGUCCACACAAGUUGGUUAUAAGCUAAAUUCAAUUAAACUUAACCGAACUCACCAUGACUUUGAACGUAAACGCGGUUCAGACGUUACACAGCAUUGCUGUUUAUAUUAUCAAAUUUAAUAAUGUAAGAGCAGGAAGUUGUUAACAAAUGUGGUAAGUAGAAGUACAAACAAAUAGUAUAACUAGUAAUAAUUAAAUUACACAAUAGUGUAGUUUAUCUACAUACCUAGACCUAAAUACAAAUAUGUACUGCAGAAUUAUGUAGAUGAAGUGUUAAAUGAGGAAGGUAUAGUCUAUAAUUUAUGAAGAUUUUGUGUGAAUUGAUUGGAAUUAGUAGAUUAUGAAGCGGUUGCAUAAUGACGGUCAUUAAAGCACGAGUUGAAUUUUAUUAAACGAACGAAGUGAGUUUUAUAAUAGAGACACGAGUGAUUUAACGCCAAGUUAUGCACGUUACAUACUAUACUUUAUCUAAUCUCAUGAAAUAGGAAUCUAAUAAAAUUUUCCGCGACUUAGAAGGUAAAGGAUUGAUGAUUGUAUUUGUAGCACUUUCCAAUAUGUCCGGGAGAGUUUAUUCAGACCUCGAGUCAGUGAUUUUGCUGAAAAUACGAAGCUAAAAUGCACUUAAAAUAUAAAUUUGUAAUUAAAUCAAUAAUGUAGUUCGAGUGACACCAAAAAUAUAAUAUAAUACGAAAUAUAAUAGUUUUUUUUAAGUGUAUACCAGCCGGCAAAGAUUGACACCCGUA